UUAAUAGCGGCUAAUUUGCUUCUGCUGACUUACGAUUUCCUCAUGUCAAAACAUUCCCAAAGUACUUUGGCAACAAAAAGGCUCUGUCAAGACUUUUUAAACCUUUCGGCUGAUCCUUUACCAUAUAUUUCAGCUCAGCCUCUCUCUUACAAUUUGUUUGAAUGGCAUUACGUUUUUAAAGGUCCAGACAAUUCCUCUUUUUCUGGUGGAUAUUACCAUGGAAAGCUUAAGUUUCCUAAGGAAUACCCUUUCAGGCCGCCUUCCAUUUAUAUGAUUACUCCCAACGGUCGAUUUUCCUGUAAUACCAAAUUGUGCCUUUCGAUCAGCGACUUUCAUCCAAACACAUGGAAUCCGACUUGGUCGGUUUCCUCAAUUCUGAAUGGACUUCUAAGCUUCAUGCUCGAAAAUACCCCUGCUGUGGGCACAACGCAUACUUCUGCAGAAGAAAAGACAAUGCUGGCUAGAGAUAGUCUCAAGUUUAAUUUAGAAUGUGCGACGUUUUGUGAACUUUUUCCCGAAAUUGUGACGGAAAUAAAUCAGAAGCUUGAGGAACAAUCAUCCUUAUGUGCUUCGUCGAUGAACCCGAAUAAAUUGGGGACCGCCGAAAAUACUGGUGAUUCUAUGAAUUUGUCUCAAUCUUCGGGCCGAAAGGGAGGCAUUUUUAUGGUAUUAAUCAUCAUCGUCUUCUCAGUGCUCGUUCGUUAUGUGAUGCGCUCUAUUCAUGAAUCAGUUUGA